AUGCAGAUCAUUUCAUUGGCGAAGCGCAAAAGUGGCAAUUGGCAGGGAAAUUGGAAAAGUUUCGGCCGUUCCGUGUUCCGCACUGGCGACGGGACGUUCCACCAUGCGGUUGCACCGGUGCUCUUUAUGGGGCAAUGCAUCAGCCUGCUGCCGGUGGUGAACGUGUUCAGUGUUAACUUCCGCUCGACGCGCUUUAAAGCCCGAAGCCUCCGUUGUGUCAUCUCGCUGGUGUAUCUCUUGAUGGCCGGUCUGUACAGUGUGCUCUCGAUACGAUGGUACAUCCGGCGCGGGUUGAACAUUUCCUACUUUGCGAACUGUAUCUAUAUGGUCGUGGUGUACGUUUCAGCUAUCUUUUUCUUCCUCGUCGCCAUGCGCUGGCAGACCAUCCUGGGAGCGUUCGCCAACUGUGAGCGGUCUUUCCUGAGGGAACAAUACCGCCGGUUGGCGCAAGGUACACGGAGGAGCCUCGUGUGGAAGAUCCGCUUCACCGGAUUCACCCUGUUUGCGCUGGCUAUGGCCGAGGAUUGGCUGAACUUCUACCGGGCGUAUGAAAGUAACAUCAUCCAAAUAGAGACAUGCAAUCGAACGAAUGUGACACUCUGGGAGAACUUCUAUCUCCGGGAGCAUCCGCACGUGUUCCAUCUGGUUCCGUUCAAUGCGUUUACCAUUGGUGUCACGGAGUGGAUCAAUCGGUGCAUGCGAUAUACGUGGACCUACCUGGAUAUUUUCAUCAUCUCCUUCAGCUACGGGGCCCAGUUCCGGUAUGAGCAGAUCUUCCGACGGCUGCUUGCUACCAAGGGCAUGGCCUGCCCGGCGAACUUCUGGAGCGAACUCCGCAUGGACUACGUAGCCGUUUCGGAGCUGGUGACCUUUCUCGACGAUCACUUCGGCCACCUGGUGCUCCUUGCUUGCGCCAAUGAUAUGUACUUCAUUGCGACGCAGCUCUUAAACGGAUUCCAACGGCGUCGCGCACUAGCAAACUACAUCUACUUCUGGUACUCGCUACUGUUGCUCAUCUUUCGAACCAUCACAAUGCUGUACGUUGGAUCCGGCGUUUACGUUGCGUCCAUACGGCCUUUGCAUCUGUUGCGAAAUGUUCCGUCGAAGAACUGGGGUAUAGAUCUUCAACGCCUGACGGAUGAAGUUUCAUCGGGAGAAAAUGUACUAUCCGGGAAACAGUUUUUCUUCCUCAAGCGACAAAUCAUCCUUGCGAUGGCCGGAACGUUGGUUACCUACGAGCUUGUGCUGCUGGAUCAGGUGAAAAAAAUUCCUGACACCGCGCUGGACUGUUCAUAUUUUUAA